CCGAGGGGCGGCGGCGCCGAGCUCUGCGGCUCCCGGGGUCGGGCCGUCGUCCCCCGGCCGGCGUUUCCGGGUCUCGGUGACGCGCUCCGAUGGAGCGGCCCGGGGACGGCGAGCGGCCGCCGCGGCAGCGGCCCUGGGGGCGGCUCCUGCGCCUGGGCGCCGAGGAGGGCGAGCCGCACGUCCUCCUGUGGAAGCGCGAGUGGACGCUCGGGCGGCGGAGAGGCUGCGACCUCUCAUUCCCUAGCAAUAAACUUGUGUCUGGAGAUCACUGUAAAAUUUUAGUGGAUGAAAAGUCUGGUCAGGUGAUGCUGGAAGACACCAGUACCAAUGGAACAGUAAUCAAUAAGCUGAAGGUUGUUAAAAAACAGACUUGUCCUCUACAGUCUGGGGAUGUCAUCUAUUUAGUGUACAGGAAGAAUGAGCCGGAACACAAUGUGGCAUACCUCUAUGAAUCUUUAAAUGAAAAGCAAGGCAUUACUCAAGAAUCCUUUGAAGCCAAUAAAGAAAAUGUGUUCCAUGUGACCAAAGAUACCUCAGCUCCAGGGUUGGGUGAUGACUCCCAGGAUAUACCGUUGUUGCCUGCCGCUCAGGUGUGCGUGGAGGAAGCACAGCCAUCGACAUCCACAUCAGACCUCUUCCCCAUGGCCUCUACCUCAUCCACAGAGCUGACUCCCACAGGGUCUGGGGAUGUAGGUAUCUCCUCAAAAGGAUAUGGCUCAGUUUUGGCCAGUGACGAACUCUCCAACCUUGUUCCAGCUCUCCCAAGCAGAGAAGAAGCACCCUUUCCCUUAUUGGAACCCCAGGACCAGGAGAAUUUGGAGCCUGUUAAAAAGAAGAUAAAAGGAGAUGGGGAGCUCGAAUUGAACCUUCAGUUGGUUGCGGAUCAGUGUAGAAAUACCCAAACCAUCUGUGAGGAUGUCAGAAUUGCCUCUGUGAAGCCUGACAAGAUGGAGGAGACACUCACCUGUAUCAUCUGCCAAGACCUGCUACAUGACUGUGUGAGUUUGCAGCCCUGCAUGCACACAUUCUGUGCAGCUUGCUACUCUGGCUGGAUGGAACGUUCAUCUUUGUGCCCCACCUGCCGCUGUCCAGUGGAACGAAUCUGUAAAAACCACAUCCUGAACAACCUUGUAGAAGCUUACCUUGUCCAACACCCAGAUAAGAGUCGCAGUGAAGAAGAUGUGAGAAGUAUGGACGCCAGGAAUAAGAUCACUCAAGACAUGCUUCAGCCAAAAGUCAGGAGAUCUUUCUCUGAUGAAGAAGGGAGUUCAGAGGACCUGCUAGAGCUGUCUGAUGUUGACAGUGAAUCCUCAGACAUAAGUCAGCCAUAUAUCGUGUGCAGACAGUGUCCUGAGUACAGAAGACAAGCUGUGCAUCCCCUUCCCUGCCCAGCACUGGACAGUGAGCUGAGGUCCCCUCAGGCUCUUGGGGGUGACACACCAUCAACUUCUACCAGCUUCCCAACAGCCCAGGAUUAUGUGUGCCCUGUGCAAGGAAGCCAUGCCAUAUGCACUUGCUGUUUCCAGCCCAUGCCUGACCGGAGAGCUGAACGUGAGCAGGACCCCCGUCUUGCCCCUCAGCAGUGUACAGUGUGCCUACAGCCUUUCUGCCACCUGUACUGGGGUUGUCGCCGGAGUGGCUGUUUUGGCUGUCUUGCUCCAUUCUGUGAGCUCAACCUGGGGGACAAGUGUCUGGAUGGAGUGCUGAACAACAACAACUACGAGUCAGACGUUCUGAAGAAUUACCUUGUGACCAGGGGUCUGACAUGGAAAAAUAUGCUGACAGAGUGUCUCAUGGCUCUUCAGCGAGGGGUGUUUCUACUGUCUGAUUACAGAGUUACUGGAAACACUGUGUUAUGUUACUGCUGUGGCCUUCGCAGCUUCCGAGAGCUGACCUAUCAGUAUCGGCAGAACAUUCCUCCUUCUGAGUUGCCAGUGGCUGUAACAUCUCGUCCUGACUGCUACUGGGGCCGCAACUGCCGCACUCAGGUGAAGGCUCACCAUGCAAUGAAAUUCAAUCACAUCUGUGAACAGACGAGGUUCAAGAACUGAUCAUCUGAACUGAGCAUUGGGGAGAUAUGCAGACAGCUGUUGAGUCCUGGAGACAGUGAUACCAUGUGUAAACACUUUUUAAGGGCAUUUCUGUAGUUUCCCCUAAGUGGUGCUGGGGUGUCUGGCCAAGGCACUAUGAUGUGACUUUUUCUUUUGUGGUUUUUACUCCAAGGUGAGACUCCUUGGCCAACUGAAAACUUCCUGUCAGCUCUCCCCUCCUGCAGGGACAAUGACAGUGCAGAUUUGUGCUUUUGUACCUUUCCCACAACUACAGUUGAACUGGGAAUCUCUUUUCAGGAAAAGAUUGAUGGGAGAAAGGAGGAGGCUUAUCAGAGCAUACUGUUUAAGCAAAGGGAGCUUAAGUUUACAGCCUGUAUGAUGUACAGAUUAUUCUGCUGUUGGGAUAUCACAGCCUUUUAUAUAUUUUUAUUUUAAUAGGUUUGGUGCUUCUAAUAAGAUUUAAAUAUCACAAACUAGCACAAAUAAUAUAAUUUAUAAUUUACAAAUUGCGAUUGGUGAUAGUAUAAUAUUUGAAAGAAUGAACAUGUUUUUUUU